GCGCGCGGGCGGGGCUCCGUACCCGGAAGCUGGCGGCGUCCGGUCCCAGCCUUCUCUGGGAGCCGGGAAUUAGAGACCCUCCGCUGAACUGCGCCCCACCGUCCGGAGCCCGCGCGCUCUCAGGGGGCGUCCGGACAGAUUAAAACCAUGGCCAUUCUUUUUGCUGUUGUGGCCAGAGGAACUACCAUCCUUGCCAAACAUGCUUGGUGCGGAGGAAACUUCCUGGAAGUGACGGAGCAGAUUCUGGCUAAGAUUCCUUCUGAAAACAACAAACUAACAUACUCACAUGGCAGUUACUUGUUUCAUUACAUCUGCCAAGACAGGAUUAUAUACCUUUGUAUUACUGAUGAUGAUUUUGAACGUUCCCGGGCCUUUAAUUUUCUGAAUGAGAUAAAGAAGCGGUUCCAGACUACCUAUGGUUCAAGAGCGCAGACAGCACUGCCUUAUGCCAUGAAUAGUGAAUUCUCAAGUGUCUUGGCUGCACAGCUGAAGCAUCAUUCUGAAAACAAGGGCCUAGACAAAGUGAUGGAGACCCAAGCCCAAGUGGAUGAGCUGAAAGGAAUCAUGGUCAGAAACAUAGACCUGGUAGCUCAGCGAGGAGAAAGAUUGGAACUAUUGAUAGAUAAAACAGAAAAUCUCGUGGAUUCGUCUGUUACCUUCAGAACAACCAGCAGAAAUCUUGCCCGAGCCAUGUGUAUGAAGAAUCUCAAGCUUACUGUCAUCAUUAUCAUCGUAUCCAUUGUGUUCAUCUAUAUCAUCGUGUCACCUUUCUGUGGUGGGUUUACAUGGCCAAACUGUGGGAAGAAAUAAAGACAAGUUAACCAAGGACAUGCAAGAACAAGAAGUUAAAAGUUCCACGCGUCUUAAGCCUUUUCACACUGACAGAUGGUGUCUGCCAGUCUCUUGAACCCUCCUCUUUCUUUUUCUGUUUAUAAUCUUGUUCUAUGCAUCCAGAUUGAUCUCUGUCCUGUCAACCAAUUUAUUCCAAUACUCUUCACAUUGAGCCAUUCAUUGCAGCAGUAGCCUUAAUGGGCUUUUUGUUCGUUUCUUUGGUUAACUACUGUCAUCUCCUUAGAGAAAUAUUUUUGUUUGUAAUUGCACAGAGCUGUCACCAAGGCAGAAAGCACCAGUCCUGGGAGCUAUCUCCUGUAACUAUAGGCGCGUUUCGUGCCCGCACGCAGAAGUGUGCGAGACACAGAUAGUGUUGCUAACAUCUCAUCUUUGUUUUGUUUUGUUCUUGAAGGGUUUUAGGUGCUCCAAAAUGAUAUACAUGGAGACCCAUUGUUAUUUGGGGAAGUGUAAUGACACUGCUGGUGCUGCUUGCUUCUAGGAGCCCGGGCAGGUGAAGUAUUAGACACUUUAUCUCAUCAGAUGGGGAACCUUUUGCUAGCCCAUUGGAAGCACAGGGAAUCAUCUUUGACCUCCUAGUAUUCACUUUCCAGAAGAAAGCUCUGACCAUUAACAAACCUCGCAGAGCCUGAUACUCUCUGUUUCCCCAUCACAGUUGAGUUGAGAAGAGGCUAGUGUCAAUGUUAUUGAAGGAUAUGUUGUUUGUAUUUUGUUCUUCAAUUGCUAUUUAGAGCACCUGUAUCAUUAAUGGGAUACGUCAUGGAGGGACGCCAAAGGAGGAGAGAAUCACGGCGAAUAUGUUGGCACGUUUGCUGGACAAAGGGAGGUAGCGUGGGGACUGUUUGCCAGUCUGGGAAAAUCCCAAGCAGAACAUAGUCAAUGGUCAACUGCAGGGUUUGCUGUUGAAAAACAGUCUGGGCAUUCUUUGUGGUUUCGUCAGUUCCUCAGCUACCUCGUUUUGAAUAAUCCUUUUGUGAAGUGAGAGUAGGCAAGAUGAGGUCUAGAAACAAUACAAGACAGCUUGGCGUUCAUUGAAAUGCACUGUAAGAAAACGAGUCCUACUGUUUUGGCUACUCUGACAUCUGUUAGCUGGUCUGCACCUUGAAUGUGUAUCUGAAAG